CAGCGGCGUCUCGACAUUGGCGGGAGAAGCCUUGCUUUUCAAUCCAUGCCUUUAGGACGGGUGACAUCUUAGUAUCGAAGAUACCCAUGCGAUGCUACAAAGGAGACAAGGCCAAAGAAUGUCUGAAUCCAUACAGAAAGUGGCGGAUGUUGCCGGCUCUUCUUCUUAGCCGCGGUUGCUCUUGGCGACGUAGCCGUUCCGUGUUUGCGAGCCACUGAACAAAGGGUGCUAGCGGAGCCAUUGCUUUGUAUUUGCUUCUUUCAAACACAUAUCCUUUGAAGCUUCUGUAUUAUGGGUCAACUUUAUGGCUCAAAGGACCUUGCUACAGCCUGACAGCGCCGGACCCUGGGCAUGUCACUAGUAAGGAAACCGGUGGCAAGCGUAUGCCGGUGAUCACGGCUUUGUGCCAAAAGUGCGUUUCGGAGCGACCCCUAAUGCUGCCACUGAAUCACCACUCGAUGCUGAUGCUGCGGUGGUUGCUAAUGAAGAGGUGCCAUCCACACCGUCUCUUUGUCUGCCAUACCACAUGUAACAUUUGAGGUUAUAUUUGUCGGUCUCAUUCACAAGUCCUCAUGGGAGGGGCCACAAACGAAUCUGUGCUCGUAGUGCUCUGAGUUGUCAUACUGGCUUGGUGUGGUGCUACCUCCUCAGCACCUACUGCCCAGUGUUUCCUGUCGACUGGAGUGUACGCUCAUAGUAUCAAUUCACUGUUCCUGGUCAACGGUAUUAAGUUCCGGGAUCCGCCACGGAUAUUCUGGCCCAGGAUCCUGAUCACCCCUUGAUUAUCAGAGCAAUAGAAUAUCCCUUUGUUUGUCUAGCAAUCUUGACGAGGGUACAGCUACUUGAAAGAGCCUAGCACUGCUCGAACCGAUAUAUCAAGUACACAGCCCACUCCUCGAAUUUCUACUGUAGGUAUUUGCAUGUUGCUGAUGUCUAGAAGCCGCUCUUGUGAAUGACCCGUCUGAUGGAUUAACGAAUCCCAUUAUACAGCUUCAAUAUGCUUCCAAUCCACGCGUUACUAAACCCUGCUCCGCCAAGUCCUUCACAGUUGUCACCAAAUUCGAUUGCACGUCAUCUGGUGGAAGAUCGGUCGCUUCCUCUGUCUAAUAGACCAUUAAGUUGUCAAGGCGUUUCGCCUCAAUUUGGACGAGCGACUGCUUUUGCUCCUCGUGAGCUGGAUCGUAGCAAACCUAACGGUCCUAUUAACUACCGUCCAUUUGAGGACGUUGACGAGCACAGCGCUCAAGAAAUUGCCAAGUUUUCUAUUGGCACGUUCAGGAACAUUGCAAACGUAUGUGAACACAUUCCAUACAAUAGCGCUAAGAAAGACUUCUUUGAGAAAACAGGACGAGAGAGCAUAGAAGUGUUUCGGUAUGAAUUCUGUGUGCCUGGAGGGCACACCACUUAUACUGUCAUGUGGGACUAUAACGUUGGACUUGUCCGUAUGACCCCCUUCUUCAAGUGUCUUGGAUAUUCAAAGACCAAGCCGUCGCAGAUGCUUGACAGAAAUCCGGGACUACGAGAUAUCUCACCCAGUGUUACCGGAGGGUCAGUAUCGGCUCAAGGAUAUUGGAUGCCAUUCCGUUGUGCUCGAGCUAUCUGUGCCACGUUCUGUUAUCCCAUUGCCGGCGCCCUAAUACCCAUAUUCGGACAGUCAUUUCCGCACGACUGUAUAAAGCCAAACAGCCCAAGGUUCCGAGACAUGCGCAUAGACCCGAAAAUAAUAGAAUAUGCAACAUUGGAAGCUGUGCAGUCUCGAAGAAAUGAGCUUGGAAGGCUGAAUCGACUACAGGGCAGCUGCAAGUCACCACCACGACCGCGUCUUCCAAGCAUUGCAACAUUAAACACAUCGAUGCCUCCCAAUGUACCGCAUCACCGAGUGUCUAGCAUGCAACGAGGGUCAUGGAAUCCAAUCAAUACCCGGACAUGCCCGGGGGACGCCUCAAGUGGUGCAAAUCUGCCAAGGACAAUGAGCAUUGUAACCCCGAGGCGCCGUCCACUGGUAGAAGAGCGACCAAACAUGAAUCUAAGAGAUCUAGGACCACCGCUUAGAUCUUUGAAUCAUCCAAACAGCCAUAACCCAAGCCCCCAAGCCGCUGACAGGCAGAAUGGCUACGAUUCAUCUUUGGCAAAGCGCAGACGGACGGGCUUCCAAGUUCCUCACCUGUCUAGAAACCCGCGGGGAGAUGAGAACAGCAUCUACCAGAGGGAGCAAUCCAGGCGGGAGGACAUGUCAGUGGCGUCAGCCUUGAUGGGACUGCAGACAAAUCGAAAAGAUAUACAUAGAUGAUCACAUCGCCAUGUUGGCCAGCAUUAUUGUACAGCUAUUCCCAAACAUGUAAUUUUAGCAGUUAUUUCUUGAUAGACCACCAUAUUAGCAACAUUGGAUAGAGUUGUUACUAUAGAAAAGCAUUGUUUUGAAUUUUGUUUUAUUUCAUUGAAUCAUUAACAUACCCCCAGUCUACUUUCGUACCGCCAUUUCCUUGGCUUUUUGCUCCUUAAACUUGACAAUCCAUGCGUCGGCUUGACUUGUCGGCAACACGAAAAUCUUCAUAACUUGGUCGACAAUCUCGACCUUGCCUGUGCUCAGAACUUUCAGCAGCGUCGCCUUCUUGCCCAUCUUCAAGAGUCCACCGUCCUUGGUCUCGACAUAACAUGUCACACCGGCAAGAUUGUAGGCGCCGUUCUUGUCCCAAGGCAAGGGGAACACAUAACUCAAAUGGUCCUCGACGGUGUGUGUCUCCUCAAAGGACUUGAUAAAGUCCGACUUGAGGUCGUUGGGGUACAGCAAGACGGUAGGGAACGUAAGCCGGCUGCGAGGGUCGUCCUCAUCAGGGAGAAGCAUGAUCUUUGCGUCCUCCAUCUCGGGCGGCUUCUCUGUUGAGCGGGUAGGGAUGUUGCGGGCUUUGAGCGCAGUUUGGACCAGCAUCUCGCGGCGCUUAGUCGUGAGGCGUCGCUCCUCUUCCUUCUUCUUCUUGUCGUCAAGGACCUUGGCGCGCUUGAUGAUGGACUCGGCCACCGUCUUCAAGCCCUUGUUCUCAGUAUCGAGCGCGAGACCACGCGCGCACAUGUCAUCAGCCUCUUCAAUGCGGUCGACGGCAAGAAGGGCCUUGGAUGCGCGGUAGUAUGCUUUGAUGUUGACGGGGUUGAGGCGAAGCGCGGCUGUGCAGUCGAGCCAGCAGGCACGGUAGUUGUCCAGCUCCAAGUUACAAGCGGCUCUGUUGACAUAGAGAGACUCCAGCAUAGUCUUUUGCUCCUUAAUUUCCUCUUCAGUAUCUGGUACUCCCUCUGGGUCUUUGGUGAUUUCGCCACGUGCUCGUUUCCUGUGUUCUAUGAAAAGGAUGUUGAUGCCUUUUGUGUAGAACUCCCUAGCAUCUACGUAACCUCGGACCUUGAAGCACUCGUUUCCUCGCUCCUUGAAAUCAGCGCCGUUUUCCGAGGCUGUUCCCUCGUAGUUGAGGGCUUGCAAAGCGGCAAUGUCGUCAUUGUCCUCCAUCUCCGUCAUGAACAACGGCGAUUUGUUCAAGUCUGCCAGAAUCUCAUCUGCUGUCUUUCCCUUUGCCAUAGCCAAAGCUGGCGGCAGAGACGGAGCCGUAGCCUCAGCGCCAGUGGCCGGCUGCUGGUCGUUGAGGUUUGACUGGUUCAUCGCCGCCUCAAGCUGGUCGGUAAUCUCUUCAAUGUGCAUGGCUGUAGUUGUCCGGGCUAUAGCUCCGGCAGCUGAGAAUUAUGUAUAAAUAUCGUAAUUCUCAAUUGGCAAAUUAGGUUGUUGGUUGUGAAGAGAACAGAAAGGAAAAACAGAAAAGCAAAAGUGUUGAUUCUGCGUCCAAAAG